AUGUCAAUAGUAACAGUGCAACUUGGUCAGUGUGGCAAUCAAAUUGGUUUUGAAGUAUUUGAUGCUCUAUAUAGUGACUCACACUGUCCCCAGGGACUCUGCUCUAAAAGAGAGAAUGAGGUGUAUCAAGCAUCUUGCAAAGAAAGAUUCUUCAGUGAAGAGGAAAAUGGAGGUAUGUGUGGUCAGUCUAUCCAUUGUCCUCUCCUUUUCUCUGACAUAACCAACCUCUUCAAGGCCAAGUCCUCCAUGUGUUACUCUGUUCAUGGACCCAGGCAUGAAGAAUCUAUAAUGAACCUAAUCCAGAAGGAAGUGGAAAAAUGUGACUGUUUGAGUGGUUUUUUCAUCAUAAUGAGUAUGGCUGGGGGCACAGGAUCAGGUCUAGGAGCCUUUGUUACACAGAAUUUACAAGAUCACUACUCAAACUCUUUGAAAAUGAAUCAGAUUAUAUGGCCUUAUGGAACCGGUGAGGUUAUUGUUCAGAACUACAACUCCAUUUUGACUCUUUCUCACUUGUACCGAUCUUCAGAUGCCCUCCUCGUUCAUGAAAAUGAUGCUGUUCAUAAGAUCUGUGCAAAACUGAUGAACAUCAAGCAAAUCUCCUUUACCGAUAUAAACCAAGUCCUUGCACAUCAGCUGGGAAGCGUGUUCCAACCUACUUAUUCUAUGGAAGGCUCAUAUCACUACAGAAGAAAUCCAUUAGGAGAGUUAAUGGAGAAUUUAGUCCCCCAUCCUGAAUUCAAGAUGCUGGGUAUUCGUAACAUUCCUCAGAUGUCUGAGAACUCACUGGCUUACAGUACAUUUACUUGGGCUGGCCUCCUCAAGCACCUGAGACAGAUGCUCAUUUCUAAUUCGAAAAUGGAAGAAGGUAUUGAUUGGCAGGUUCGGCCUCCUUUAUCAGGACUUCCUACUCUUGGUAAAGUGUCUCUCAACAGGGAGCUUCAUUUUAACACUUCCAUUGCUAACUUGGUCAUCCUUCGUGGGAAAGAUGUGCAUAGUGCAGAUCUGGGAGGAUUUAAAGAUCCAGCACUCUAUACUUCUUGGUUAGCGCCUGUUAAUGCUUUCAAUGUAUGGAAAACCCAGCGAGCAUUUAGCAAAUAUGAGAAGUCUGCAGCAUUGGUCAGCAAUAGCCAGUUCUUACUAAAACCACUUGAUACGAUUGUGGGCAAAGCAUGGAAUAUGUUUGCUUCAAAAGCCUACAUUCAUCAGUACACAAAAUUUGGAAUUGAAGAAGAGGACUUUCUGGACAGUUUCACAUUGUUGGAACAAGUUGUUGCCAGUUACUGCAAUCUCUGA